AUGCCGAUCACCAGGAGAGAACCAAUCAACUUUGUUGAUGAGUUUAGGACACAAUAUUAUCCUUUGGCAAGAUUAAAGGUUAUUUUCCUAGCAAAAUAUGACUAUUUAGUUGCGUCGCCAUCAACAGAAAAACUUGACGAACCCAAUUAUGAGGAAGAUGGUUGUGAAACCCCAAUUAAACAAAAAAAUGACAAGGACAAGAACAAGGACAAGGACAUGGUCAUGUCUAGCAUAGAUACACUAGCAGGUGAAACCUCUCCAGAUCAUUACAAGACCGACGAAAACUCCAAAGAUUUUCCAUCUUCAAUGGCAAGCUAUUUUACUAUCAAUUUUGCCAAAUAA